AUGUUUGAUCCCAAAGAUGGCCGCAUUUCGACCGAUCUUCGAACUUUGGUUCAGCGUAUCCUGAAUGCAAGUGUGGUUUCUGCUGUUCCUGGUAUCACAAAGGCGUUUGUUGAUAAAAGCGAUCCCAAAAAUUGGGUCUUCCGCGUUGAAGGCAUCAAUGUCAUGGAGCUAAUGCGCUAUCCAGAUGUUUUCGCCCUAAACAAACUUUACACCAACCACGUGACAGUGAUGCAGCAGCAUUACGGCAUUGAGGCAGCUCGAGCCUGCCUACAGCGCGAGGUUUCCGGUGUCUUUGGACACUAUGGCAUUUACGUAAAUCCGCGUCAUUUGGGCCUUGUGACGGAUUAUCUGACCAAAACUGGCGUCUACCGAGCCUUCAAUCGUCGCACUAUGGACUUCCACCCCUCGCCCAUGCAGCGUGUCACCUUUGAAACUGCGACUGGCGUCCUGAAGACUAUUAUACAGGAUGACUUGGUGGAAAAUAUGGUAUCACCGUCUGGAAGUCUCGUUCCCGGCCAGCUGGCUCACGGAUACGGAACAACCUGCUUUGACCUCCUUUCCCGACUCACAGUCUAG